GCGGGGCCGGGGCGGCGGCGCAGCGCUCGGCUCCCGGCGCGCGGCCGAGUCGCGGAGGCGCCGCGCCGCAGUGGCAGUGGCUGCAUCUCCGAGCAACAUGGCUGACAGCAAGGCCAAGCCUGCCAAAGCUGCCAACAGGACACCCCCCAAGUCCCCAGGGGACCCCGCAAAGGACAAGGCGGCCAAGAGGCUGUCGCUGGAAUCAGAGGGCACCGGCGAGGGUGGGGCCGCAGCCCCGGAGCUCAGCGCGCUGGAGGAGGCCUUCCGGCGGUUCGCGGUACACGGGGACACCCGGGCCACCGGGAGGGAGAUGCAUGGCAAGAACUGGUCCAAGCUCUGCAAGGACUGCCACGUGAUUGACGGCAAGAACGUGACCGUCACGGACGUGGACAUCGUCUUCAGCAAGAUCAAAGGGAAGUCUUGCCGGACCAUCACCUUCGAACAGUUCCAGGAGGCGCUGGAGGAGCUGGCCAGGAAACGGUUCAAGGACAAGAGCAGCGAGGAGGCCGUGCGCGAGGUGCACCGGCUCAUUGAGGGCCGUGCACCUGUCAUCUCAGGGGUCACGAAAGCCGUGUCCUCGCCCACUGUGUCGCGGCUCACCGACACGACCAAGUUUACCGGCUCCCACAAGGAGCGCUUCGACCCGUCGGGCAAGGGCAAGGGCAAGGCUGGCCGAGUGGACCUGGUGGACGAGUCCGGCUAUGUGCCAGGCUACAAGCACGCGGGCACCUAUGACCAGAAAGUGCAGGGGGGCAAGUAGCUGCACACGCCCUGGACGCUGGGGACGCGCCAGAGGCGCGGCCCGACUGACACCCCGCCCCACUUCGUCACAUUCCUUUGCGCACUGGGCUGGACUCCUGGGGCCUCCGCCUUCUCAGCUGGGCAGGGGACACCCAGGCUACCUCCUGCCCCACAACACCUCUCAGACCUGGGUUUGGGUCCUGACUCACUGACCCUUCCUAACACAGCUGUCUGGUCCAGAACUGGGAACUGACAGCCCUUUCCAAAUUGUCUCCCAGGACUGCACCACACUGGAUGCCUGCUUGCAGGGAAAGGGCAUUUGGGAGCCGGUAGGUGUGGGGACAAGUAGGACAGACCCUGUCGGAGGCCCUACUGACCUCUGACACCUUCCAGGAGCCUCUUGGACAACAGGAGUUAACAAACUAACCAACAGCACAAACCAUUUUCCCCUAGCAGGAUGCAGGCAGGGUCUGAGGUUCUGCGUGGGGGCGCCCCAGGAGGCCACCUGCAGGCCAUGGCUCCAGGUCACACACACACGCCUGUGGACAGGUCUCUGUGAGGGCGGUGAGGUGAGAGGCACGCCAAGAUCUUGCAACAGCAGACCCUUGGGCUGGCCAGGGAGCACCUGGGAGGGAAGGGUGCACUCUCCCUUUGCGCUCCUACGCAGUGCCGAGCUGCUGGGCUGCUGGGCCCUCCUGCUCUGCGGUGUCACUGGCCUGGUCGGGAGACGUGUGGUGCAGAGCCCAGGUGGCAGCCUCAGCGGGAGCGAGGCCCCUCCAGGCUCUCCCGCUGUGGCCCUGCUGGCGCUGCCGGCUUUGCUUAUGGCCUCGGCCCCCACCCUCUCCCAAUGCCCUGGACACCACACCUUCAGAACCAAGUCCAGGGAGACAGGCCAGCAGCAUUUGACGGGGUUUCAUUUUUGCCAUGGUCAGCUAAGUGCCCAGGGCCAGCACAGAGCCAGUGCAGGACCCUGCCCAUCCACACCACAAGGGUGCCACGCAGCAGCCCCUCCUCAGUAUUGCUCGGUUCCUGUGCCACACAGAGGCCAAGAGGCAUGUGCCACCAGCUGCCACCAGCUAUUCCCAGGGCAACCUGGGGGCUGUGAGGUCCUGGAAAGAGCCCAUGGCCGCCUGUGGAAAUGCUUCCCAGGAGCCUGUUUUCCUUGGCCACUGACUGGGGCAGACAGCUGCUCAGGACCCGUGCCCAGCCCACAGCACAGGCAGACAGGAGGGCCCUCCUCCUGCCAUGGCACCUGCAGGCAGCCCACCUCCCCUGAGUCUGAAGAGUGCCUGGCCACAGCUGCAGCCCAGGGAGGCCACACGCCAGCCCCUGAGCACAGCAGGGGCCUCGGGUCCCAGCUAACAGGUCCUCCAGGCCCUCAGCACUGCUGGCGUCCAUGGAGGAUGGGGUGGCCUCAGAGGACAGUAUUCUUCUGAGGUCCUGGGAGCCCAGGUGCCUGCACUGAUGACGAGAAGUGUGUCUCAGGCCUGGAGACGACCCGUAGGUGCCAUCUCACCGGUUUGGGGAGAAGCCGGCAGGGUGCCCAACCCAGCCCAGCACUCCUGUCUUUGAGCUGGUCUUUUGUGUGAAAUCUAGAGGCCAAAAUAGCACGUGGGAAAGGUUGGAAACACUCUGUGCUAAGUGUGAAAUAAUCGCACCACGAUCCCAACAGCCCUGUGCUCACAAACCAGCAGUGUUCCCCAGCCGUCACCAGUCCCAGCAGUCCCCGGACCCCAGCACACCCCACACCUCUUGGCUCUUGUCCUCUCUGGCACCCCUGGUCCCCAGGAGGCCCCCACAGCUGGCCGUCUCUUGGUCUGAGGCUGCUGUUCUCCUGUUCUUCUGCCUGUGAAGCUUAGUUCCCACCACACAGCCAAACCAAGUAAUAGAGAUGUGAAUUCAGCAGAACCUCAGCCCCUACAGGCAAGUGCCCCGGGGCCAGGGUGUCACCCACAGGGUCCCAAGGAGAUGGGGCCAGGGAGGCACCCCUGGGGUCCCCUACCACAAAUCCUGAGCGGGCCUGCUGCAGGCACACGAGGACACCUGUCAAAGCAGAAGCAGCAAUCUAGUGCCAUCCUCGGGACCACCCACCUCAAUCCCCACCCCAAAGCCAGCACCUCCUGACCUCACUGCCCAGAACUGGAGAGAGAAGCACAGAGCCGCAGGCCACACGUCCCGGGCUGCAGAGCGCCAGCACCAGCCAUCUCCGGCUCCCGAAGGCGCGCUCCUGUCCAGGCCACGCCCUCACCUCUGAAGAGAGCUUUAGAAUGCAUCCCUGGUCACCAUCACAAACCUGUGAUGAAAAUCUGUGAAGAAAAUCAAGUUGCUGCACCUUGGUGGUCCUCCACAUCCUAGCCGAGGGUGCCCCUGGGCUUGGGGAAGGACAGCCCCAUGUGCUAGGCUGUCCCACCAUGUGACAUCAGACAAGUGGAUCCCAUUUUGUCCCCUACCUGUCCCCAACAGGUUCCAAGGGCUUCCUCAGACACGUGUGGGUGAGGACUGCACCCUUCUCUGGUCAGUUUCAAAGUAUAACUUUGAAACACACCCUCCCCUCCCACCUGUGUCACUGGCUAGGAAAGCGCAGUAAAAACCAACCCAGGAGGACUUAGUGGUCACCGUGGUUUAAAACUGUACUGAAUCGUGUGCCCUCUGCAGAGGCGAGGUGCGUCGUGCGCACACAGGUGUUUGUCUUUGCUGCAUGAUGUACGCCAUGCCAAGUAGCUUCUACUGACUGCGGCUCCACAGGGGUCAGUGUCUAUCUGUGAAUCCAAGAAACUGCACAGCAUGCAACCCAAGACACGGACACGUUCUGUCAGGAGGGACUCCCAGGAGACAAGGACAGGUCCUCUCAGGUGACAUUCUGUCAGGAGGCGACACCCAGAGAGAGGGACAAAUCACAAGGAGACACUGGUGGCAAGGCCAGGUUCUGUCCGGAGACACCCAGGAGAGAGGGACAGUGUUAGAGAACACUGGUCCUGGCAGAAGACUUAUUUAUUUCUCUUUAAUGCUUUAGGAUAAGCACCUAGUAAGAGGUCCGCAGGGUCGUAAUGGUGAGCUUCACCAAAAUCAGAGUUUAAAACACGGCAGGAGAUACACGUUUAUACUGGAGUAUUUUUACACCUUUCAGUGUCCUUAGUCUUACGUUUGAGGGCAGGUGACAAUGACAGGGACGUUCUGAAGGCACCUGAGUGGUUCCGCUUGUGGGUUUCCUGCCACCCCCACCUGAAUGUUACCCCGUCUGGAUUCCAGUGGCUGCAGCCCCGGGCGACCCUGGGCAGCCUUGGCGGCUACAGCCGCUGCACACGCCACACCCAGGUGACAGGCCCUGUGCUCUGGCACCAUGGUGGGGAGGGAGCAGCUGAGGCAGGCCAGGGCCGGGACGCCUACGGCAGUCACGGGGGACGUGUCUGCCUGUGGGCUCGCGUCCUCCACAGAGGCUGCUCUAGCUGGCUGCUGCUCUGCCCUGCAGCGAGUGCCACCUGGGGACACCCUGGUGUCACCUGCUGAGUGCAGCAAAGGGUGACGACUCAGCUGUGCUGUGGAGUACUGACAGGCUAGCGCCCAGACCCUGACUGAGCAGCUUUCCUCCACUGACUGACUACUGACAGCGCUGACGCUGGUGUUUCAGGGGUGUGGCUCUGUCCACGGCAUGUGACGGGGAGUCAGGCCAGGCCUCUGAGUGCUUUCUGAGUGCUUUCCUUAGCCGUCUCUUCCUUUAGACCUCUUAAAAAACUAAACCAAGCCAAAUGACAAAGGAAACGCGCACAACUUAAAAGAAACUUGAAAGGGAUAAUAUACUACUACUAGUUUGUACUAAGUUUUUUCAAGAAAGGGAAACAAAUUUAUAUAUAUAUAUAUAUAUAUAUGCAAUAUAUUUUUACACUAUUUUAUUAACGUUGAGGAGUACCGAGCGUAUCACUUUAUCAGUGUGAUGGGUGAUGUUGAUGUCAUGGGUGUUCCCACAGAAAGGCCCUUCUGCUGAUGUCUGAACCACGCUCCCAGGAAGGUCCUUGGGGUCUGAGGGCCCUGCUGUCCCUCCCACAGAGCGCGAGGCACCGUGUCGCCCGCUGGGCUUGCUUUCGCGCUGGCAUGUAAGCUUCCAGUGAAGCAGCUCUUGUCGUCUGCACGUCUGUCCUGUCUGCCGUUGCUAGCCUCGUGUCGUUGGUGAAGUGGUGAAUAAAGGUGUUACCA